GUGACUUUCCAUUCAAAAUCUCGUGUUACCAAUUUUAGCUCACCAGCACAAGCAACACCAAAAUGGAAGACAAAAAAGCAGUUGAAGCUUAGAGAAAGUUCCUCGUAGCAGUUUACUUCCUCAAGGUACUACAAUAUAAAUUCCACCCAUGCCUAAGUAUUGAUCACCCAAAUAUACUUUGUUUGAUUGUCUUCCUCAUUGCUAGCUCAACCGACUAACAAUUUUAUAGCAGUAGAUUAUCAAGUCUUUCUCCAAAGAUUUGCUUGCACAAUUAUAAAGAAAGGAGAAAACAUCUAUUUGCACUUUUGAUUUAAUAGUUAAAGAAAUCAAAUUGUGAUUUGUAAUAAAGAAACUUGUGCUAUUCGCCAUUGGAAUUGCUAUACGGAGCUUGUAAGAUUCGAGAUUUAGAAACUGGUGCUAAGCAUUAGAAUGAUGACUUCCUCAAGUGUUCAACAUGUUUCAGAAUGUUUCAUCAAACCACUACACCCUAUACCAGAUUCAAACCGAAUCUGCCAUUUGACAACAUGGGAUAUCGCCAGGUCGUCUAUGAACUACAUCCAGAAAGGCCUCUUAUUCAAAAAACCAAAUAACCAACAAGAUUUCAUCGAUAAUCUGUUGGAGAAGCUCAAACAAUCGCUUUCUCUUGCUCUAUUCCAUUUCUAUCCUCUAUCCGGCCGUAUUGUUACACAAAAAUCUCAAGACCCUCCAUCUUAUUCUAUUUUCGUCGAUUGCAGUAACAAUAAUCCCGGAGCUAAAUUCAUCUAUGCAACUUUGGAUGUAACCGUAUCUGAUAUCCUUGCCCCAAUUGAUGUUCCACCAUUUGUUAAGUCAUUGUUUGAUCUCAACAAAGCAGUCAAUCACGACGGUCACACUUUGCCUUUGUUAUCCGUCCAAGUCACUGAGCUAGUAGAUGGUGUUUUCAUAGGUUGUUCCAUGAAUCACUAUAUCGGAGACGGAACUUCUUAUUGGAAGUUCUUUAAUACAUGGUCUGAAAUAUUUCAAGCUCAAGGCCAAGGCUAUGAGCAUGAUGUUCCCAUUUCAUGCCAACCCUUUCACAAUCGUUGGUUUCCGGAAGGUUACGGUCCACCAAUCAAUCUUCCAUUCAAACAUCAUGAUGAGUUUGUAAGCAGAUUUGAAUCACCCAAGCUGAGAGAAAGAAUCUUCCACUUUACAUCAGAGUCUAUUGCAAAACUGAAAGCAAAGGCUAAUAAGGAGUGUAAUACAAACAAAAUCUCUUCGUUCCAAUCCUUAUCAGCGCAUGUUUGGAGAAGUAUAACUCGUGCUCGCCGCCUAGCAAAUGAUAGAAAAACAAAUUGUAUGGUGGCUGUAAACAACCGGCCGAGAAUGAAACCACCUCUCUCUGAAGAGUACUUUGGGACCUCAGUUGAUACAGUGAAUGCAGAAGCGACGGCAGGAGAAUUGCUUGAGAAUGACUUGGGAUGGGCGGCAUGGAAGGUUCAUGUUGCUGUUACAAAGCAUGAUGACUUAGAGAUUCGAACGAGAGUGGAAAAGUGGUUAGAGUCUCCUUUUAUACUCGACCUUGAUCGUCACUUUGACCCGUUAAGUAGUGUGGCAAUGAUAAGUUCACCACGGUUCAAUAUGUAUGGGAAUGAAUUCGGGCUGGGUAAAGCAGUGGCUGUUUUGUGUGGUUAUGCAAACAAAUGUGAUGGGAAUGUGACUGCAUGUGAGGGAGAUGAAGGAGGAGGAGGGGGUAUGGAUUUGGAUAUUUCUCUUUCUUCAAAUGUUAUGAGGGAGUUGGAAUUGGAUGAAAACUUUAUGAAUGCAGUUUCUGUGACCAAUAUAUGAGGUACUUCAAGAGGACACACUCUUGAUGAAAAUUAACAUUCAUUCCAACAGAAGCAGCUUUUUGUGAGGAUACCUGAUCAGUUAAAAUCUUUUAAGUGUUUUAUUUGUUACAAUAUGAAGUGUAUUGCAUUUUAUUUUCUUUUAACUAGUAGCGUUUGGAACAUUUUAAAAUGAGGAUUUUAUUUAUAGAAUUUAAUGAUUGAUUUUGCUUAAAA